AUGAAUUAAUUAGAAAAAACUCCUAAUUUAAGAUUUUAAAGAACUCAAAGUUAAUAGGAUGAAAAAUGGUCAAAGCAAUUAAAUAAGAUAUCUUCAUCCUUAAAGUAUUAGUUAUUUUUCUAAUUAGAAAUUUAAAGACAACACAAGAAAGAAAUAUAUAUAUUAAAAAAGUUGCACGUUAAAGAGAAUUAGAUAUAUAAAAUCAUGAAAAACAAGUUAUCUAAUAAAAAUCAUAUUUAUUAGAUAGAAGUAAAAAGAAGUUUCUCUCAUUAAUAAGAUGCAAAGACCCUGAAACAUUUUUCUUAAAAUUUAAGCCAAUAUAAAAACCUUUAAAUAUGCUAAGAAUGGUUUCAGAAUUAAAUUUAGCUGAAAAAAUACAAAUGAACCUAAGCAAAUAAUCUAAGCAUGAAGAAGAAUAAAGUUCAAUAAUUAAUAGUGAAAUUAGCAAAAUUAAAAAAAGGUAAUAAUUAAAAACUAAUUUAGGGGAGGCAGCAAAAUUACUGAUUUAAGCGUAUCAAAAGUAUCUUAAGGUGAUUUAAUGAAACCUAGAAAGACAUUAGAAUAUUUAUUUUAAGAAAAUAAAAAACAAUUACCAAAUUUAUAAAGCGAUUUCGAUUAGGAAAAAAGUAAGUCAAAAAAAUAAACAUAAAACAGAUCAUAUUCUCAAUAUUCUAAAUCUAAUUUUAAUAAUCUUUUAAAAACUGAUAUCAAUGCUUUAGUUACAGAAAUGGAUUAAGGAGACCCAAAAAUAAACAAUAAUUUACUUAAAAUAAGUAAAGUAUCAAGUUAAAUGUAAGAUAAUUAAUUUAAAAAAUAGUCUAGCUAGAAAUGGAAUAUAUUUUCAAACUAAAACUGCUUCUAAUUCUAUAAAAGUAAAUACUUAAGACAACAUUUGUUUAGAAGAUGACAGUAAUAUUUAUCAAUAUUCAUAUUUAUAGAUUCUUCAUUGGCAUCUCAUACUGAAUUGAUGUUAGAUAAUUUAUAUGGAAAUACUAAUAAAUUAAAUUCUGAUACUAAAAAUUUAGAUUUGAGAAAGAAGGAGUAUUAGCAUGAGUCAAUUAAACUAUUCUAUAAAAAAAUUUAUUGCAAGAUCUGA